GGCUCAGCUGAGCGCGUCGGUCACAUCACGCAGUCACGAAGAGAUUUCGCUGCACGAGUCACUGGUCAGCGCUCCGAUCUAGCAAUCGCCUCCAGUUUACGCCCCUGUGACCUUCGAGAGUACUUUGGGCAGCCAGAAUGCGGUACUACGAGCAGAAAUAUCCGGAGGUGGACGAGCUGGUGAUGGUCCAGGUCCGCCAGAUCGCGGAGAUGGGAGCAUACGUGAAGCUGUUGGAGUAUGACAACACGGAGGGAAUGAUCUUGCUGUCUGAGCUGUCUCGUCGUCGCAUCCGAUCAGUCCAGAAACUCAUCCGUGUCGGCCGUAAUGAGGUCGUCGUCGUUCUGCGUGUGGACAAGGAAAAGGGCUACAUCGAUCUCUCCAAGCGCCGUGUAUCCCCCGAAGACAUCACCAAAUGCGAGGAGCGCUUCAUGAAGUCAAAAAGUGUUGCCUCUAUCCUCCGUCACGUCGCAUCCAAGCUCCCCUCCGCCGACGUCAACGACGCCGCACCGGUUGAAACCGCAGAGAAGGAGACGAAGCGCUCCAGGAAAGCAAGGCACGCUGGCAAUGACGACGAGCUGCCGGACGAUUCGCGCAUCCCGGGCACCAGCGCGAACGAGGAAGAGAAACUUGAAAUGCUCUACGAGACGAUCGCCUGGCCGCUCGGUCGCAAGUUCGGUCACCCAUACGAUGCGUUCAAGCUGGCGUUGACGGAGCAGGACUCGGUGUUCAGCCAGCUGGAGACGCAGAUCCCACCGUCGACGAUACAGAUCCUCAUGAACACUAUCGCGAGGCGCUUGACGCCUCAGCCCAUCAAAAUCCGUGCAGAUAUUGAACUGACGUGCUAUACGCCUGCCGGUAUCGACGCGAUCAAAAAGGCGCUGCGCGCAGGGGAGAAGGAGAGCACCGACGCCGUUCCAAUCAAGGCUCGCUUGGUUGCGCCGCCAUUGUAUGUUCUCAGCACGAACGCCACAGACAAGUACGCUGCUGUCGACCGUCUCGAACGCGCCUUGGAGUCCAUUCAGGGUAAGAUCGAGAGCCAGGGCGGCUCGCUUGUAGUGAAGAUGAAGCCUAAAGCCAUCUCCGAAGCCGAAGAGAAGGAUCUCGAGGCACGCAUGGAGAACGCGGAGCGCGAGAACGCAGAGGUGUCUGGCGACGAGUCCGAAGAGGAAGAGUAAAUGUGUAUGUAUGUGUACCUCCUUCAUCUCCGACCUACGGUGUACAACAGCAAGCAUCAUUAGCAGCGCUACCAGCGUGUGUGCAGACAUUCAUCGACACCGCGUACUUUAAGGAAGGGUUGUUCGUUCGCUUGUGAGUUCGAAACAGGCAUCAGUACUAUGGUUGCCUAUCAUGAGUUGUCCUGCAUUAUAAGUGCUAUGCAACAUCGUAAAGAUCCUAUAU